GGAAACGAACCCUUCUCGGGUCUCGAAUGAUUUAUUACGUGUGCGAUACCACAUCUUAGAUAAGACGUCUUCUUGAAUGAUUAGGUUCAACCGCCUGUGUCCUUUGGGCGCUACUGCAUCGUCACUCACGGCGAUAAGAAUAUCACGGCACGUUGAUCGCGAGUUUGAUCGUUCAGUCGUCAGGUUGAAAGCUUCGCAAUCGGUGACAAUGACGAGCGAGCAGGACAUUAAGAAUUACUUUGAGCUUGCCAAGGAGCUGACCUUGAAGGCAGGCGAGGUGUUCAAAUGCGGCUUCGAGGGAGAGAAAAUCGUGGAGUCCAAGGGGGAAGAGUGGGAUUUAGUAACGAAUUACGACAGAAAAAUAGAAGAAAUGUUGACGAAACGUCUGCGAGAAGAAUACCCUGACCACGAGUUUAUGGGGGAGGAGAGUACCGACGCAACGAAAGAGAAACCAGUGUUGACCGACAAGCCAACAUGGAUCAUAGACCCCAUCGAUGGCACCAUAAAUUACGUAAAUUCGUUUCCAUACACUUGCAUCUCCGUGGGUUUGUCAAUCUGUAAGCAACUCACGAUAGGAAUAAUUUACAACCCGCUGGCUGGUGAAUUGUACACCGCGAUCAAGGGACAAGGCGCGUUUUUAAAUGGAAAACCCAUCAAGACCUCCAACGUUACAGACCUGAAGACGUCUCUGGCAGAAGUCGAACUGUAUUCGUUGCGAUACAACGCGCAUAGUCGAGAUAUCAGUCUGGGCAGAUUUGGAGCCAUUCUAUCGAAUUCUCGAGGAGUUAGAUACAUGGGAUCAGCUACUCUGUCUCUGGCAUACAUAGCGAAAGGUGCGCUAGAUUGCCUUCAAAUGGACGGCCUUCAUCCUUGGGACGUUGCAGCGGGAGUGUUGAUCAUUCGCGAAGCUGGCGGAACGGUGAUCGACACAAAAGGGGACGAGUACGACUUCAUGAAGGGGAACACAAUCGCAGCUGCGAAUGAAAAACUUGCGUUGGAAAUAAAGCAACUGAUAAUCGAUACCGACCUGAAAACACUGCGAAAGAGACUGGCAAGGACUUAAUUAGGAAGAAGUUAAUUAGAAGAAUAAAAACCGUCUCGAAAAUACACUUAGGAUAGACUCGUCGUUCUAAGCGAGGAAUACUUUGUUUUCAUUUUACAAACGAAAAGUAUUAAAAUGUAAUAAUUGAUUAUUGUACGGUCUAGAAACGUAACUCCGUCGAUCGAUGGG